AUGUUGCAAUUGAGAGUUUUAGUGAUUGAAGCAGAAAAUCUUAUGCCAGCUGAUUUUUUUUCAAAACAAGCAGACCCUUAUGUUAAGGUAACAACUUCGAUUUACAUAGACUCACAUAAUUUACCAAAUAUAAAAUUUGAAGUUUAUGAUUGGGACAGAUUUAAAACUGAUGACUUUCUUGGAACAUGUCAACUUCCUUUAAAAAUGCCAAUUAAUGGAGAUGUUUGGUUAAAACUAAGUGUUCAAGGAAGAAUUCAUGUUAAAUUAGAAACAUUUAAAGGAAUUCAACAAUAUUAUCCUUCAUUUCAAAAUGGUCAAAAUGGGAUUGCAUUAAAAGUUAUGGAUGAAUCUACACCAACACUAUAUUCAACUCAACAAUUUAAUCCUAAUUCAUUUGGAUUACAUAUUGAUAAAAAUGAAGCAUCUAAAUUCAAACCAAAACAAUUCAUUAAUCUUCAAUCAGAUUCACAACUUUCUUCAAGUAAAAGUUUCAAUUUAAAUCAUCCUUUUGAACAAGGAAGUAGUGAUUGUAGUUACUAUGCUUUAUCGUGUGGUAAAUAUGUCCAAUACUAUGGACCUUUACCUUCAGCACCUCCUUAA